UGGGAGUGCAGAGAGACGUAGUCAGUGCAGAGAGGAUUGCUGAGUGACUGACAAGCCUGUCAGUCAGGUGGCUUUAGGAGCAGUCUGGCUGGAAUUAGGACAAUGACAUUGUUGUGUUUGUGCUGCUGAGAGCAGAGCUGGUUUGCACCUGAUCAUUUCACUGACUGAGGGGGAACCUCGCAGCCCUGAGGAUACCCACUGCAGACGCAGCAGCAGAAGCAGACUUAGAGUGGAAUUUCCCUCCUGUUCCCAGGCUGGGGCCGGGGGCGAAUGGUCGCUCUGAGAAUCUGAGCAGAACUCAGGAAGGAGAUUGAGAGGAAGGGUGGGAGGACAGCCAGAGAGGGAGAGGAAGAGAAGCCAGGAGUGGACAUUAGAGGAGACAUGCUUCGCUACGGUUCAAGACCAACUGUUUCCACCACCACCACCACAACAGAGGACUCUCCAGAGGCUUUAAGAGAGAGGAGAAUCAGACGCCUGAGACUGACUCUGUAUCCCGGAGAAAAUGGAAACAAGGAGCCCAAAGCUGAAAAGUCAGACACUACUGAAAAUGAAAAAGAUGUCAAUGGGAUGUGGAAGAGGAAGAACGGGCUCAUCCAAAGAGAGAGUCCACCUGGCCAGGAGUCACCUCAGCAGCACCUCGGAGACAUGACCAAUGGGGUGCCAGAGACCUCGCUGCGGCAUCAUGGGCCCAAAGUGUAUGGUGUAGUGCAGAGGACAGGCUCGGAUAGACAGGAGGUGCUGGCACGCGAGUGGACAACCAGUCACCUACAAGAUGAGAUGAGAUACAUCAGGGAGGUGAGAGAUUCUCUUGAAAAGGUUAGAGAGCGGAUGUAUGGACAGUUUGGAGGAAUGCAGCAAUCAAUGCAGAAGCUUUCGCAGGAACUCAGGGCUGCCAAUGCACACAAGAGGAGUCUAGAGUCAGAGGUUAAGAUCCGCACGGCAGCCAUGGAGAACUAUGAUCAGAUGAACAGUUCCCUCAUAUCUGCUAACCUCACCUUGCAGAAAUCCCUUCUGGACGACUGUCAGAAGAGAGUGAGCUCGAGAGACAAUGUGAAAAGUUUGCGGAGCACCUAUGAGAAAACACAACAACAGCUCAGAGACAAGGAGCACGAGCUGGCUGCAGUACAGGCUGAAAACCAAACUCUCAGGCUUCAGGUGGAGUCUUCACGGGAGGCCAACGAUAAGGCGCUAAAGGAGCUCUCGGAAAAGCUAGAGAAAGAGUACGAGGAAAAGCUGCUGGAAGAACAACGCAGGCACAGGGAGGAGAUUGAAAACCUACAGGCCCAACUCGAUGAGUACAUCAGACGACUGGAGGAAGCGGAGAGAAACAUCAAAAUUGCAGAAGCCAAGAUUGCAGAGAGGGACCAGAGGAUCAUGGAAGUGGAGCGUCUCCUGGACUGCAUGGGAAAGGAGAAGAGCCAACUGGAAAAGCAGCUGAAGGACUGCGAACAGCGCCUACGCCUGAUGGAGGUGACGGACAGAACUGACAAUACUGUAGCCAAAAGGUCCAAAGAGCUGGAAGGUGAAGCAGGUGAUCUCCGCGAGAGGAUCAAACACUUGAACGACAUGGUGUUCUGUCAACAGAGGAAGGUCAAAGGAAUGAUUGAGGAGGUCGAAUCUCUGCGAGCUCAAGUUGCUCAGAAGGACAUGUUCAUCUCUGAGCUUCUGGACAGGAUUGCAAUAGUGGAGUGUGAGAAUAAUGAAUUAGAAGACAAGCUCAAGUAUUUUAUGUCCACACAGAAUAAGACGCAAGAGGUUUUGGAAACCAGAGAGAGAGGAGUAGGCUGUGAUCUGCUCCCCAGACAUGAAGCACAGAGGUAUGAUGUUGAGCCUGUUCAGUGUGAACCAACUCAUCUCUCUCCCAUCCAACCCCCAUCACCUGAUCAUCCUCUAUCACCUGUGAAACUCCCAUCACCCACCGAACCACUGUCACCCACACAGCCUUUAUCACCCACUCAUCCUCUCUCACUUAGUCCAAACCCUUCCUCCAUAGCACCCUCAUCCCUGGCACAACCCUCAUCAUCACCUCCCAUUCAACAUCCAUCGAUCUCUCUAACACUGCCCACUCAGCCAAGGACGUUUAAGCUUAAUAACCCUCCCCCCAGCAGGCUACAUUCAAGUUUACUAAGGUACACUCCUGUCCAGUACAGCCGCUUCCUGGAUUCCAGACCCUCACAGGAGCAUGGGACAUUCUCCUACAUCCACCCAUCUGAGUCUGAAGCUGGUGUCAGUCCGGUCCAGCCUGGAGAAGACGAAUUGGACGCACAAACAAGCAGAGGCACACACUCCAUGCCAGAAGAGUCCACUUCAUCCCCGCCCUCUUCUCAACCACGAUCAGGAAUGCGAGUUUAUACGCCGUUCAUGAAACUCAUGGAAAUGACAGCAAAGAUAAACAUAGAUUAAAGUUAAGUAGCAGUCCUGGAAAAUGCAUGAGCCAAGACUUAAAUAAGAAGAGUCAAUGAAGCUAUGAAGCCAUUUAGCUUAGUAUAAUUACUGAAAACAGGGUUAACAAGUAACGCACAAACUUCUUUUCAUAAGCAACAAAAUCAAAAACAACAUUUUAUCAAACUGGGAGUGAAAAAAAAAAAGGAAAUUAAAAGAAACUCACGGAAGUCACUGUCCCCAGUUACAAACUAGUUUGAUCCAGAUUCCCUGUCAGAUGAUAGCUUAGUUUCCAUGUGGAUGACAACAUGAGUGAACAGUUUAAAUACUUUUCUUUAAACUUGUUGACAGUUGGAUUUUAUUUUGUGUUUCCUCUCUUUUUUUGUAUCAGUGCUAAGUACAGAGCUAAUCUGUAUGUCAACAGUAAAUAUGUAGCUAAAGCUAAAUAAUAGUAUCCUCUAACUCAGUCUGCGUAUGCUGGGAAAGAGACAAGCGUAUUAAAAAAACUGGUUGGAGUAGUGCAGUAGUAACAUCCUUUAUUAUUCUCUUACUUGAGCUUAACAUUUACGUACUAUACGGACUAUAAAAUUGUCAAAUUGUUCACAGCAAAUUGUAAAAAAUAACAGUCUUAAAAACAAAUUUUGAUAAUGUAAUAUGAUAACAUACUCUGUGUUGGUAUAUAACAUAGAGUAACGUUAACUUUAGGAUUGAAAGUGAAAAAGUGGUGAUGUAAAGUCAGGUUAGCCAUUAAAACAUCAGCUAGUGUGCUUCAAGAAUACCGCUGACUCAGAAUACAUAUGUGGGAAAUAAUAAUAUGUAAAUAAACUACGUGGACAGAACUACAGACCUAGCUGCACAUUACUCACGGUCUGAUAUCCCCGUGUUGAUGUUGUUAUCAUCAUAAUAAUGUUGAUCCAGCAUCAACAUUACACCUGACCAAUGACGUUGGAGCAUUCAGUGAGCCAAGCAUUAGCUUAGAAUUUAGCCAAAUUCUAAGCUAAUGCUAACCGGUGUUGUGCCAAAAAGUGAUUGCCUGCCAAAAACUGAUUUCCAAUGUUUCCGUGUAUUUUUUAU